GUAAUUUUGUCCUUUCACAGCCACCGUAGUGUGAAGUCACAUUCCAAUAUGGCGCUGCCCGUGUGUACUACGGUGAGACAACUCUUCAGGUUCAUUCAGAUUUCAUCUUUCCCUCGGAGGUCUCUGUGUUCUGGGGUCUGCGCUAAAAACAAGGUGCAUCCUCACCGUGUAUUCUCUGGGAUCCAGCCAACUGGAGUGCCACAUUUGGGCAAUUAUCUUGGCGCUUUGGAGAACUGGGUGGCCCUGCAGAACCAGUACCCCACUGUGCUUUACAGCAUUGUGGACCUGCACUCCAUCACCCAGCCUCAGGAUCCAAUGCAGCUCAGGAGCAACAUACUGGAUUUGACAGCCAGCCUGCUGGCCUGUGGGAUUGACCCAGAGAAGGCAGUCCUGUUUCAGCAGUCUCAGGUGUCGGAACACGCAGAGCUGUCCUGGAUCCUGGGCUGCAUGACCAGCAUGCCCCGCCUGCGCCACCUCCCUCAAUGGAAGAUGAAGAGUAAGCAGAAAAGCGAAGGCAGCGUCGGUCUGUUUACGUACCCCGUCCUCCAGGCUGCCGACAUUCUCCUCUACCAGUCCACUCAUGUCCCUGUGGGAGAGGACCAGGUCCAGCAUCUGGAGCUGGCUCAGGAUCUUGCUCGCAUCUUCAACAAUCGCUAUGGAGACCUGUUCCCUGAGCCUCGCACACUGCUGAGCUCCACACGAAAGGUCAAAUCCCUCCGUGACCCUUCAGCCAAGAUGUCCAAGUCAGACCCGCAGACGAUGGCGACCAUCACGAUCACAGACUCUCCGGAGGACAUCGCCCUUAAGAUCCGCCGCGCCGUCACCGACUUCACCUCCGAGGUCACCUUUGACCCAGAGACGCGGCCAGGUGUGUCCAACCUGCUGCUGAUCCACGCCGCCAUGGCUGCCAUCAGCGUGGAGGACGCCGUGUCCCAGGCCAGAGGGCUGGACACGGGAGCCUACAAGAAGCUAGUGAGUGAGGCUGUGAUCCAGAGGCUGGCGCCCAUCCGGCAGGAGAUCGGGAAGCUGAGGGCGGAGCCAGCGUACCUGCAGGGACUGCUGGCUCAGGGACGUGUUAAAGCUCGGGAGCUCGCCGCUCCUGUGCUCGCCGAGGUCCGACACAGAGUGGGUUUUUGCUGACCUGACAGACUGGAGGAGCAGGACCCUGAGGAGGCUCCGUCUGCAGCUCUGUGCUCCUCAGUGUUUGAACUGAUCUCCUUUUGGAAUACAGAACAUCAGUUUCUGUUUGAUCUUCUCUCAGCUUUAAAAUGAUAAAAACUUGAAUAAAAAGAUUAGAAAUAAAUGGAGUUGUGUUCACACAUUGGAGCACAACUCAAGUGUUUGAUUUUAA